AUUUAGAAGGUGAAGCAAAUUUCAAGAAAAAAUUUGCCCAAGCCAUGUAUGAAACUUUAAAUGAAUCUAGGGCAAAGGAAGAAGAACAAGAAUAUUUUAUGAAUGCUUAUCAAGAAGAUGUCGAAAUGACUGAUGCUGAAUCGACCGAUAAAGAAGAUACAGAAGAAGAAGAUGACGAUGAUGCAUCAGAUGACAAUAUCGACACGAAAGGUGUAGAAGGAGAAAGCGCCAAUUCACAACUUAUUGUUGGCUAUAAACAUGAUAGGUCUUUUGUCUUAAAGGGAAAUAAGAUUGGUGUGUUUAAACACACAGAUGAUGACCGCAUUGAAUUAACGACUAACAUUGGCGAAAUCAAAGGACUUGGAGGGAGCAGGCUUAUUAACCCUUCAAAGGGAAUGCUACAUGAAGAAGACUCUACAAUGGUUUUAAUGGAUCCCCAAGACGAACAUAAUCUUUUCAAGAUGGAUUUAGAAUAUGGAAAAAUUGUUGAAGAAUGGAACGUUCAUGACGUUGUUCCUGUUACAAUUGGAAUGUCGCACAAUUCGCUUUAUCGAAUUGACCCACGACUACCUGGUCAAAAAUUAGUAGAUAGCCAACGCAAACAAUAUACGACUAAGAGUGAUUUUAGUUGUGGAGCGACAGAUGCCAAAGGUCAUAUCGUAGUGGGGAGCGAAAAAGGCGAUGUCAAAUUAUUUGAUUCUUUAGGCAAGAUUGCAAAGACAAAUCUUCCUGCUUUAGGAAGUGCAAUUAAGGGAAUUGAUGUGACAUCGGACGGUAGAUGGAUUAUUGCUACUACCGCUCGAUACUUGUUGCUCUUAGAUACAUUAAUUAAGUCCGAUCCAAAUAAAAAACUUGGAUUCGAAAAAA